UGCGCUAUCAACAAGGAUAUAAAAGAUACCUUGGUUAAAACAAAGACAACGUCAACGUCAUACUGAUUCCCAAAUUCCAUCCUUACUGUCGUCUUAUCCCUAUUAAUUAAUAUUACCAGAUUAGUUAAUUUAAUUCAUUCAAAUACCAUCUAACAGAUAGCUCCCCUGCUCUUCAAUCCCAUCACUCGUUUAUAUAUUUUCUGCGUUCUGCAUCUCCCAGUUUUUGUUUUUAUUUUCAUCCCAUUCAUUUUCUCCACUCCAAAGCCUGCUCUGUUUCAUGGCUUUGAAUAUGGUUUAUCCUUCUGAAAUGAUUGAGUCUACCUCCUUCUUCCAUCCCACCAACUCCGUUUCCCUCCCCAACCUUUCUCCAGAUGGGUUUGUUUGGAAGAGGAAGGGCUACGGCACAGCGAUUGGUAGGAUCAGGAGACUACAAUGUUCAGCUCAGGCUCCACACCCACCACCGGCAUGGCCAGGACUAGCUUUUCCACACCCUGGACGCAAGACUUGGGAUGGCCCCAAGCCUAUCUCCAUUGUCGGUUCAACUGGUUCCAUUGGAAGUCAGACGUUGGACAUAAUUGCGGAGAAUCCAGAUAAAUUCAGAAUUGUGGGGCUUGCUGCAGGUUCAAAUGCCACCCUUCUUGCUCAUCAGGUGAAGACAUUCAAACCUCAACUGGUUGCUGUUAGGAAUGAGUCUUUGGUAAAUGAACUCAAAGAUGCUUUGGCUGACAUGGAGCCAAAGCCUGAAAUUAUUCCUGGGGAACAAGGAGUUAUUGAGGUUGCUCGCCAUCCUGAUGCUGUCAGUGUGGUUACAGGGAUAGUAGGAUGUGCAGGAUUGAAGCCUACAGUUGCUGCAAUAGAAGCUGGGAAAGAUAUUGCUUUAGCCAAUAAAGAGACCUUGAUCGCUGGUGGUCCCUUUGUCCUUCCUCUUGCUCACAAGCAUAAAGUAAAAAUCCUUCCAGCAGAUUCUGAACAUUCCGCCAUUUUUCAGUGUAUUCAGGGAUUGCCAGAGGGUGCUCUUUGGCGUAUUAUUUUGACUGCAUCUGGUGGGGCUUUCAGGGAUUGGCCUGUUGAUAAGUUGAAAGAUGUUAAAGUAGCUGAUGCUUUGAAACAUCCUAACUGGAAUAUGGGGAAAAAGAUCACGGUGGACUCUGCUACCCUUUUCAACAAGGGUCUAGAAGUUAUUGAAGCCCAUUACCUCUUCGGGGCUGAGUAUGAUGACAUUGAGAUAGUAAUUCACCCGCAAUCUAUUAUUCACUCAAUGGUUGAAACACAGGAUUCAUCGGUGCUGGCUCAGUUGCGAUGGCCAGAUAUGCGCUUGCCAAUCCUGUACACUCUGUCAUGGCCUGAAAGAAUUUACUGCUCUGAAAUAACUUGGCCUCGCCUUGAUCUUUGCAAGCUUGGUUCACUAGCUUUUAAGGCUCCUGACAAUGUGAAAUACCCCUCCAUGAGUCUUGCCUAUGCUGCUGGAAGGGCUGGAGGCACCAUGACAGGAGUUCUUAGUGCAGCUAAUGAGAAAGCUGUCGAGUUGUUCAUCAAGGAAAAGAUAAGCUAUUUGGAUAUAUUCAAGGUGGUGGAGCUAACUUGUGAGAAGCACCAGGAAGAAUUAGUUGCCACUCCUUCCCUUGAGGAAAUUGUACAUUAUGACUCAUGGGCACGAGACUAUACCUCUGCUUUGCAAUGCUCUUCUUCCGGAUAAGAUAACAAUUACAACCCAAGAAGUAAUAAGUACUUGGGCAUGGACUUGGAAAUCUGCUAUUUGUCAAUAGAAAUGUUCGCCUACUUCCACACAAGAAA